AAGCGAAGCGUAGUGCAUUGCGUGCUAGAUUCAGAGUCUUACAAAAAUCACAAGGCGUAGGAACGGAUACGUGCCCAACUGCUAAAACAAACACUACCUGUAGCCACCGGUCACCGGUCUGACUCUUAUAAAUAUAAGUAGAAGCCCGGCUGCUCAAAGAUUUGAUCGCUUCAAAGCAGCGUGAAAGAAACGAAGAAAGAAAGUGCGAGAAAGUUUAUAUAGAAAGAAAGAGAAAGAAAGCAUCUGGUGGGUUUGUGAUUUGAGUUUGAAGAUUGAAUCUUUGUGAGAGAGAAAGAAAUUUAAGUCUCUGUGGUAUUAGUAAAUGAAAAAUGGUGGCUGAAGCAGAGGUUGUGUGUCAACAGAGUGUUCUUGCUUUGGAUGUUCAAUAUUUUGCGAAAGGAAGCAGUGCUGUUCAUGAGAUUGAUGAUGUUGUUAGUAUUUCUCCUAGAAGGUUAAGUCAAGUUCUUGUUUCUGAUUCUGUGCCUUCUGAUUUACCUUCGUCUCAAGCUGUUGAUGUCAAAUCUGCUGAAAUAAUUUCAGAUGUGUCUCUUGAGCCUGCAACCUUGCAAUUUGUUCCGUGCAUUCGUUCUGGCAGCUUUGCUGACAUUGGACCCCGAAGAUAUAUGGAAGAUGAGCACAUACGGAUAGAUGAUUUGUCUACACACAUGGGCUCCCUUUUCAAGUUUCCAAAGCCAAGUGCUUUUUAUGGGGUUUUUGAUGGUCAUGGAGGUCCUGAAGCGGCGGCUUAUAUUAGGAAAAAUGCAAUGAGACUCUUCUUUGAAGAUGUCAAUUUCCCGCAAACGCAUGAAGUUGAUAAUAUCUUCCUGGGAGAGGUUGAGGACUCCCUUCGGAAAGCAUUUCUUUUGGCUGACCUAGCUUUGGCUGAUGACUGCAGUGUGAGCAGUUGUUCUGGGACAACUGCACUUACAGCCUUUAUAUUUGGACGGCUGUUAAUGGUGGCCAAUGCUGGUGAUUGCCGAGCAGUUCUCUGCCGUAAAGGAGAGGCAAUAGAUAUGUCUCAAGACCAUAGGCCUGUUUAUCCAGCAGAACAAAGGCGUGUUGAACAAUUGGGAGGAUAUGUUGAUGAUGGAUAUCUCAAUGGAGUUUUAUCAGUUUCCAGAGCUCUUGGGGACUGGGACAUGAAAAAUCCUCGUGGUGCUCCUUCACCGCUCAUUGCGGAGCCAGAGUUUCGGCAGGUGGUUUUAACCGAGGAUGAUGAGUUUCUCAUAAUUGGUUGUGAUGGUAUUUGGGAUGUCAUGUCAAGUCAGCAUGCUGUCAGCCUUGUCCGUCGUGGACUGCGCCGACAUGAUGAUCCAGAUCAAUGUGCUAGGGACCUUGUCAUGGAGGCCUUGCGCCGCAACACAUUUGACAAUCUCACUGUAAUUAUUGUCUGCUUCUCCUCCCUCGAUCAUCGGGAACCAUCACCACCUAGGCAACGGAGGCAAAGGUGUUGUAGCCUCUCUGCAGAGGCCUUGUGUAGCUUGAGGAACUUGUUGGAUAGCAGUGCAAACCGCUGAAUGUAUAUAAGUAUAAUCUUAAAUAAAUUCUGUUUCUGACAUGGGAAUAAACUGUUUCUGGCUGCUUCAGUUUUAUGCUAGAAAAAGCAGCUAGCAUUUUUGUAGGUGCUGAUUUUUCAAACAGCACAGGGAGAGUUGGAUGCAUGUACAUAACUGGAGGGUGUAUGGUGGUGUUGGUGCUGAGAUUCAUAUGUAUUAUUAUGAUCCGAUCAUCUGGGAAUCGGGGAUUUGUUUAUUCUAAUAGUGCAAUAUGGUUGCCCAUUUUAUAUCUUCCAUUUUCAAUUCUGUUCUGUUAAUGUAAACACAAUUCAAAUAAAAGAUCUGAAUCUUUUCUCCCA